CACCGAUCACUCCUAUCUUCUCACUUCAUCAAUACACAAAACAAACAAAGAAAAGAAAAACUGUACGUCAGAGUCCCGGAGAAAGGUGGAUAGGUAGUUAAGUUGCAGGAGUAAUGGCGAUGAAGAAGAAGAUGGGCGCGAUCAGUCUGAUGGUGAUGGUGGCGCUGAUCCUCGCCGCGGCGGAGCUGCCACACGUGGCUGAGGCGGUGACUUGCAGUCCGGCUGCUCUGAGUCCCUGCAUCGGAGCAAUAACGUCUUCCUCUCCGCCGUCGAGCCAGUGCUGCCAGAAGCUGAAGGAGCAGAAGCCAUGUCUGUGUGGGUACCUCAAGAACCCUAGUCUGAGGCAGUAUGUUAACUCUCCUGGGGCCAAGAAGGUUGCUUCUACUUGUGGAGUUCCCACCCCUUCUUGUUGAAUAUUGAAUGAAAAAUAGUUUUAUAGUGAGUGUGAUCGACAUCGAUCGACUAAUUAAUUAGUAUCAUACUCCUCCGGUCUUAACAUAAAAGAACCUUAUACACACUGGUAUAAAAAUCUUAUAUUUAGGAUCGGAAGAGUAGCAUAUGAGUAUUUGAGGAAUAAUAUCAGAAAAAUAUAUUACCCUCUUGGGGAAUAUAUUCAUGCUGUGUUCAAGAUUCUACUUGGUUAUAUAGCUUCAUCAAUGAUUAUGCCCAACUGUUUACCUUUUGGUUA